AAGCCGCCGGCAGAAUACGACCCUGGGAAAGAGGGCCGUUUCACAAACCCACCUGACGCGCUACGUGAACCAUCUAUCAAGAGGAAGGAGAAGGGUUAAAUCAGCAUCUGCGGAUACACCCUGCGAACCAAAUUACUACGCCAGGGGGAGCUCUAGCAUUGGCCUCGUCAGCGCAUCCGUCCCACUUUGGAGAUGUUUCGUUCCGCGAGUCGCGCGUCAGCAGCGAGGGCCCACUGCGGACGAGCUGCUGCCAAUGCUCUCGCCGCCGGCCAACAGCAGCGAAACGCUACCACUGCUGCGGUGGACAAGCUUCUGUUUUGUCGUGGCCGCAGUGUGCCCUCGACGCUGAGGCAAGAGCCGCCGCUGUCCCUCGGUGGGCGAAUCGAAACGCUGCCGCGGGCAAUACGAGGUUUCGCGUCCGCCGUGGCGACAACUCUUGAGGACGGCGGCGCGGUUCAGGAACUAGCAUCAGCAGCAGCGGCCGAAGCGACCCGAAAGGAGGAGGUACGGCCGCAACAAGAAGCAGACGCGAGCCCAAAGCCGCGAAGGAGACGCCUCUUGCGAGACAGACCAGCCCCAAUAACUCUGACGGAUCGAGCGGCGUCGCAUCUCGUCUCUCUAGUGGCGAACAAGCCGGGGAAGGUCGGCGUCCGUCUCGGGGUGAAGCGACGGGGCUGCAACGGCAUGUCGUACACGCUCAAGUACGCGGACGAGAAGCCGAAAGGCGACGAAGAGGUCGUUGUUCGCGGCGGGCGCCCACAAACGGGGCAACGGGAGCACGGGGAGGGGGAGCGAGAAGGAGCUGCGGCCGCAGGGGGGGGUGACGCUGCUGCUACUGGAAACGGCGACGGUGUUAAACUUUUCGUAGACCCCAUGGCGACGCUCUACAUCGCGGGGACGGUCAUGGACUGGGAAGAGACGGAGCUGUCCUCGGAGUUCACCUUCACAAAUCCCAACGCGAAGGGCGAGUGCGGCUGCGGCGAGAGCUUCAACGUUUGAGUUGUUGGGCCAGAGGCGUUUGGGUCGGCGGGAGGGCGUUAGCACCGCCGCCGUGGUUGGAGAGACGGUGCCGGGCGUCUGUUGUACGUUUUUACCUAGGUCGAUAGGGCCUAUUGGGCAAAAGCAGCUGCUCGGAAAUCUUACAUGUAUGGUGGCGGGCGGUUUGCGCGCGGUACCCAGUGGUUGGCGUUCCCGUCAAGAUGCGUUUUGCUUCUGGAAUAGUGCCGGUGCUUUUGUACGCAGGCGGCUUGGAGCUGGCACAGCAUCCGCAUAGCGUCUUUGAUAUAUUUCUCCCUUGGCUUUGAAGUGCUUAGGUGGUGGGGUAAGUGUGAUGUUUCGCCCGGGGCUAGGCUAGGCAUGAAGUUGCCGCUACGCUCUAAAUUUUUGGUACUCGUACUUCAGCAUACGUAGAUAGAGUCGUUCUGCUCACUUUCCGGGCAAGCAGUGGACUGCCCUAAACAUUGGUUCCCCACACUCCAGACCGGCUUCGAGAUGUUGCCUGACCUUUUUCUUCUAGAAGCGUAGUGUAGUUGAUUCCAUCAAUGCACUCUCACUUAUACCACU